UUGAUAGUUAGUGGUGCAGUUCACGCAUUCGUGGCGUUGGUCGCGGUUGGGACAAACCAUAGGGAUUACAGUACUCAAGAAUGCAUCCGCCAACGGAACUGAUGCUACUCCUGUUCGUGACGCUAGUGUGCGGUUGCAGUGCUCAUGCGCGCACCUUCACCCGUUGCCAGCUGUCCAGGGAGUUACUCAGAUACAAUUUCCCAAGGAGUUUGAUACCUAACUGGGUAUGUCUAAUCGAGCACGCAAGUGGCAGAACUACAGAGAAAGUCACCAAUCACAACAACUCAUACACCAGUUAUGGACUAUUUCAGAUCCACAACAAGGAAUGGUGCAAAAAAGGUCGAAAAGGAGGGCACUGCAGCAUGAAAUGCGAAGAUCUUUUAAACGUAGACCUGGCAGACGAUGUCAGAUGUGCUAAACGCAUUUACGACAGAGUGGGAUUCAAAGCUUGGCCAGUGUCCUACUCGUAUUGCAAGGAGAAAAGUCUACCAGAUUUAUCCAGAUGCUAAUAUGAACUAGUUAUAUAAGUUUGCAUAAAUAUUUGCUCAUAUUAAACUAAGUUACACAUAUUUUUUUAAUAAAAUAGUAUUAUCAAUUUUAUUGCUGGCAAGAUUAAAUUUAUUCACUGUUGGCAACAAUCAUUCCUAAUAUAUAUAUUCGUAGACAUAUUAUAAACUAACGUUAUAAAGCAUAUUUUAAUUUUCGCAACAAUGUAUUAAAUAAUUUCUAGGUAAAAAUCAAUUACAGCGUCAUUUUACAAUAAAUAAGAAAUACUCAUAGAUUAUUAUAGAUAUGAACUCAUAGACUUUUGCGAUACAUGGUUUAUAGUUAAUAAGAGCCGGGAAUUAAUUAACUUUUUUUAUUAAUUAUUAUAGAUACAUGUUUUUAUGAAAGAAUAACGGAUUUUCAGUACAAGCAUCCAAUUAAGUUUAUAUUUAGUACCUAACCAUUUAUAAUUACACAUUUUUUAUCGACUAUGCGCAACCUUUCACUGAGUAAUUUGUAUAAAUAAAUGAAUUCAGCUAAUUAGUUGAAGUUCUUUGUAACUUUUAUCUAUAGAAAAUGUUACAAGACAUAGUCCUAGAGCUGGGUAAUUAGUGAAAAAGUACAUUUAGCCGGUAAAAUAAGGUUGUUGUUUAAUACCUAGUUAGUAUUAGUUGAAUUCUAUUUCAUUAGUCUUAUAAUCACGUUCAUUAACAAUAUUGGGUGUCUUUUGUAAUAUCUUUUUUCAACGUGUCAUUAUAAAGAAUGAAAACGAUAUCAUUAACAUCAAACAACAACUUUUUUCUCUGAAAAUAGAAGUCAAAAUUAACAAAUGUUCCUAAUUAAAGAAUUAGCUAUGUUAUUUAAAAAAAAUUAGAGUGACAACUUUGUAUGUUGUACAGGACGACAAAUAUGGCUACAGUGACCGUUUACCUUCAGACUGUAUGCUUGUUUGCCACCUUCGUGGUAUAGAAAAUUAAUAAAUUAAAUAUAUCUCUAAACUUAAAAUUUAAAUUUGAUAUCCCAGCAAAAUCUUUAUUGUAAGGACCAACAUAAACUAAAUAAUAAUAUAAAAUUUAAUAAAACCAAUAUAAAUUUUUAAAACAGAUUUAAGUCAAAAUUAUUAUAACUUUUGUUUAUGAUGGUCCAUAAAACAAGAAAAGGGCACCUCAGAAUCGUUCCCUAUACAUACCUACUCUCUUAUUCUGUUAAGUUUAGUAUUAUAUAAGUACACUGCCAUAGAUUAAUUUUUAAUGUUUUAUAUAAAAUCUAUUAUUAUAUUAAUGAUUUUUGUUGUAUACAAAAUUCAAGUAAUACAUAUAAAUAUGUGAAUAAUAAACGAAUACUG